AAAAUUAAGAUGACAUGGACAGAUCUUAAAACAGCACCCCUUCGCUUUGUGGAUAUGGGCAGAGUCAAGUGAAAAUUAAUCCACUCAAACCUAAUUGCAACCCAUUUUAUUUUCUGGGUUCACCUGUAAUUUGUAAUUACAGGCAAUGAAGAAAUACAUACUGUAGUCCACGUCGUGUUUAGUGGUGACCAUGUGACAAUCCUUCAGUGAUGUCACUAGUCUUAAAGCGCAUAGCUCCUAUUUCGUUUCUGGGGAGGUUUACAGGAAAGCGCUUAUGCUUCUCCUUCCAUUAUAAAUAACGCAAGAAAAUGGUUGAUGCUUAAAUACAGAUGGGUAUAUUUUCUCAAAAGGUCUUGCGAAUGGUAGGAGUUGGCACCUCACCUCAGACCUAGAGGGAGCCAGACAACAACGUCACGGAUCAAGUGCCACAUUACAACGGACUAAUAACAUGUGCGUCGUCGCGGACCAAUGGCAUAAAUAAUUGCAGUUUGACAUAUGCUUUCGAAUGAAAUUACGAGUUAAACAUAUUUAACAAUCCAUCCCGAUCAACAUCAUCGGUUGAUGCACUGUAGGUCAACAACGGAGAUUUAUUGUUGCGCUUACUCAAUUCCUAUAGGACUUCCUUGAAGAAGAGAUGACAAUCCCAAUUUGACCUCUGGUUAAAUAAAGGACAAAAAACAUUAUAAUUAAUUAGCUGCGUGAUCGGACUGACGCCAUGUAUAACCCAGCCAACGAUGCCGUGGCCGGAUACUCAAGCGGUACCGUGACAGAGAAAGACCCAAGCCAGGAGACGACUCUGGGAAAUGCCUACUCACCGGUGGACUACAUGAGCAUCACCAGUUUCCCUCGUUUACCAGAGGACGACGUGGUUUCCGGGGAAAAUACUGUCAAAUCUCGCAAAGACGACGAUAACUUCCUCAGUGAGCAAGACACAGACCCAGACCUGUUCCUGAAGUCAGCCCGCCUGCAGCGUCUGCCCUCCUCAGCCUCUGACCUGGCCAGCCAAGACAUCACGCCCCUGCGGGAGACCACCAGAGACCCCUUAGCGGAGGGCUGUGCCUGCCAAAGAGACGGCCUCACUGUCAUCAUCACAGCCUGUCUCACCUUUGCCACAGGAGUCACUAUCGCUCUCAUCAUGCAAAUAUACUUCGGAGACCCCAAGAUCUUUAACCAGGGUGCGGUGGUGACCGACGUGGCCCAGUGUACGUCCCUGGGCUUCGAGGUUCUGGAGAGUCAGGGCUCCAGCGUGGACGCCGCCAUCUCCGCCGCCCUGUGCCUGGGCAUCAUUCACCCACACACGUCCGGCAUCGGAGGGGGAGGUGUGAUGCUGGUUCACGACAUCCGUAGGAAUGAGAGCAGGGUCAUUGACUUCAGGGAGACCGCGCCUUCCGGCAUCCACGAGGACAUGUUGCAGACUGACCUGGAGCUCAAGCCCGGCCUGAUGGUGGGAGUUCCGGGUAUGCUCAGCGGGAUGAAGCAAGCGCACCAGCUGUACGGAAGAAUGCCUUGGAAGGAUGUGGUUACCAUGGCAGCAGAUGUGGCUAGAAAUGGAUUCAACGUGACACAUGACUUGGCUGAGGCCCUGGCCAAAGUCAACGGCAAAAACCUGUCCGAUGCGUUCCGUGCCCUGUUCCUCCCGAACGGUCAGCCUCCUCUCUCCGGCCUGUUCUCUAGGCGCCUCGACCUGGCCGCCAUCUUGGAUGCCGUGGCAGCCAAUGGAAUCGCUAAAUUCUACAGUGGAAACCUGACCCAGGAAAUGGCUGCUGCAGUUCAAGCCAAAGGAGGAGUUCUUUCUGUGGACGAUUUUGGGAACUACAGUACUAUACUACAGCAGCCUGCAGAGAGUUCCUAUCAAGGACAUCACAUCAUGGCUGCUCCAGCCCCUAGCGCGGGAGCAGCUCUCAUCACAGCUCUUAACAUCCUGGAAGGCUACAACAUCACCAGCCAGGUGCCCCGCAACACCACCUACCACUGGAUCGCCGAGUCACUCAAGAUUGCUGUGGCCCUGGCUAGUGGGCUGGGAGACCCCAUGUAUAACUCCUCUAUCACAGAACGAGUCACCCAGAUGCUCAGUAAGUCUGAGGCAGGGGUGCUCCGCCAGAUGAUCAACGACUCUCAGGCUUUCCCGCCAGGUCACUACACAUCAUCGUACGCCCUGGAAGAGGGCUCCGUGGCCAGUCAGGUCAUGGUCAUGGGCCCUGAUGACUUCAUCGUCUCUGUUAUGAGCUCCCUGAACAGACCAUUUGGUAGCAGGAUCGUGACGCCCUCUGGGAUUCUGUUGAAUAGCCAGAUCCUGGACUUCUCCUGGCCCAACAAGACCCAGAACACACAGCCUCCCAAUCCGAAUAAUGUCAUUCAGCCAGGUAAGAGGCCCUUGUCCUUCUUGGUGCCCACGGCCGUGAGGCCUUCUCUGGGUCUGUGCGGCACCUAUGUGGCCCUUGGAUCCUCCAACGGGGACCGGGCCCUUAGUGGCAUAACGCAGGUGUUGAUGAACGUCCUGUCCUCCCGUAAAAACCUAAGUGACAGUUUGGCAUAUGGCAGACUCCACCCCCAGCUGCAACCUGAUACUCUCCUGGUGGACUCUGAGUUCCUGGAGGAGGACGUGGAGGCGCUACAGUUCAAAGGUCACCUGGUGCAGAGGGUAGACGUCCUCUCGUUGGUGGAGGGCACCCGGAGGACCAAUGACCUCAUUAUCGGGGUGAAGGACCCACGAAGCGCAGACGCCUCAGCGCUCACCAUGUCCAUGAACAUGCCUUAGCCCCCUUAACCCAGGCUGUGGGGGUGCGGGACUCAAAGAGGAACAGAGAUUUAUGGAAGGGUGUGAAAGAAAAACAUCCAUAUUAGUGGCAAAUACUUAGGCGGGAAAAAAUGAUGCUCGAAAGGGCUGAUAUACCGCCUAACUGUUGAUUUUCUGUCUUUGGUUGUUACGGAAUUGUGUAAUAUGCCAGUAAUGAGUCUCUGAAGUAGGUUUAAAGCCCCUUUACUAAGAUGGGGUGUAGCAUGCUGUUUGCAGUUUUUGUCUUGGGCUGGGUUGGCCUUAAUCCCACUUGGACGUGGCAAAGCACGGCCCGCACCGAGAGGACGGAAGCCGAAACGGCUGCUUCCGCCACAGAAACACACAUGAACACACAACCUUACAUACACGACACGUUUGUUCUUUUGCACACAGAGCGCACGUGGGUGGCAUGCUCACGCCUAGAUGCUCCUCAGUGACCCGUUUCAUUUGACUGAGCACCACCACCGCUUCCCUCCUAUGCUUGCACUCGUUCAAAAUGGCGGUGAAUGCCUGCGCACAUCAGAUAGUACGAGUUCCACGUGCCCAGUUCCGUUAACAUCAAAUGUGAACACUCAGGAGUUGGCUAGUCGCCCAGGUUGAGACCCCUUGAUGUACAGUACGCUUUGACCACCCACUUACUGUGGGUGCAUUUAUAUGGUCAGUGACAGAGUCGGCAACCGUCCUUAAUUGGAGUCAUGUGGCUUGAGUCAAAAGGUGUUGUAGCUCUUGUAGAUAUCUAGCCAUUUGCGAACAAUCGGUACAAGAGGCCAUUUUGUGAAUCUCUUCACAGAGAUAUUAUGUUUAUCUUAGAAAGAGACCGGGCACAGCACGUUUCUCUUCAUGUGAAUGUUAUUCUUUACUCACUUCAAUAUUGAAUGUUAUUUAUUUGUAAUACUACUUUGUUGGAAUACUGUAGUAUGAAUAUUAUUUUAGGAUAUCUGGGAUGUAAAAAAACUGGAAAGGGUAUUGUUGCAAACUUUUUAUUUAAUUUCAGAAAAUUGCAUUUAAGACUGAAUGAUCAGGAAGACAGGAUUAUGAAGUGCUUGUAAAUGAUUUGUCUAUUUUUAUAUUUGCAUAUGUAGUUUAUACUUAGUCAUUUGCACUGUUAGAACAGAAAUGUUUUUGCUUGAUAACACACAUAACUGUAUCGGAUUUACUUUUUAGUCUAUUGAAUGAUUAUUGUGUGUGUGUGUAUAUAUAUAU